ACACGAGGAUGAGGAGGAUUCUGUAGCAUUUCCCCUACAUAAUCCGUCGCCGUCUGUCGCCGUCUGUCGCUAUUUGUCGCCAUUAAUCGCUCAACGGCUCUCAUCGCGCGAGUGUGUAUGUCACUAUUCGCCGCCCCCAUCGCCCGCCCCCCACCGCUCCCCUUCUCCCCACCCACUGCCCUCCCUUCCGCUUCCCCUUUCGCCUCCGCCAAUCCCCGCUCCUUCCCACCUUCCGCGUCUCCCCCUCCGCGCAUCUAACCUUCCGCGCGUGGCAGCCGUUUCCCCCUAUCCCCCCCCCUUCCGCCGCCUCUCUCGUGGGCGCAAUCCGCAUUUCCCCAUCUGCCCCGUUUGGCGCAUUCCGCUCGUGUCAGACCCGCCUCUCCGCUGCCGCGGAAGCAGGGAACGCAGGGGAAGCGGAAAGCGCGUGCGAAUCAGUUGCUUGGGUGGAGCAGGAGAUCGAGGGGAGGCAUAGUGAAGAAGGAAGAGGGGAGAGAGGGGGUACAGGGUUUAGGGGAGAGGGGGGCGCAGAGGGCAGCGAGGAGGGGGGAGAAGGGGAAAGCUGGGCGGAGGCUGAGGAGGAAGAAGGGGGAGAGGAGGGGGAAGAGGGGGAAGGCGGAGAGGCGAGAGCGCGAAUGGCGGCAACAGAGGAGUCGGUGGGCAUAAGCUGCUACGCCAACGAUCUGCCGGGCAUACAUGGCGUGCUGAAGCAGAGGUUCGCCGACUUCAUAGUGAACGAGGUGGCGCCGGACGGCACGGUGGUGCAUCUCACCCACCUGCACCUGUCCCCGGCCCUGCUGGCGCAAGAGCAGCAGCAGCAGGCGCUGGCGCGCAGGAGGGAGGCGGAGAGCCUGGGGGAGGGAGGGGAGGGAGCGUUGGGAGAAGGAGAGGCGGAGGGCAAAGGGCUGCCUCCCGCUAUGCCUGAGCCGGUGGUGUUUGCUGCCAGCGCUGACAAGGCAUACCGUGCUGCCAUGCACGCGUUCUUCAAGGCCUUCCCCUUCCUCGUCUCCGACACCAUUGACGCCGUGGAGGGCCCACCCUACCGCUGCGAUAGAGAUGGGGCGGAUGAUAGGGGUGGUGGGGAGGGGGAGGAGGAGGAGAACGAGCAGCCAGCGUUUGACAGGAGGGGGAGGAAGGGGGCGGAUGGAGUGCCGGCUACUGCCACCCGCAGAUUCCUCAUGUUCCACGUGCUGAAGGAGAACAAGGACACCAACGAGGCCAUGGCGCUCGUGGCUCGGUACCUGGGCGUGCAGACCAAGGCGCUGGGGUUCUCAGGCACCAAGGACAAGCGCGCGGUCACGGUGCAGCGAGUCACGGUGUGCAACCAGACGGCGCGCAAGGUGGCGUCGCUCAAUUCUAAGCUGUUUGGCAUCCGCGUGGGCGACUACCGCUUUGUGGACCAGCCGCUCGUGCUGGGGCAGCUGGCGGGGAACCGAUUCAUCGUCACCCUCAGGUCGGUGCAGGCGCCGAGUCUGGACGCCAUCACAGCAGCAGCGGAGGGCCUCCGCACGCACGGCAUCAUCAACUACUUCGGCCUGCAGUGCAGAGGUUUGGAGUGGGCCCAGUGGCCACACACGCGGUGGGGGCGGCGCUGCUGAGGGGCGACUGGCAGGGCGCAGUGGACCUCAUUCUCAAGCCCAGAGACGGGGAUAUCCUUGCUCCUCCCAUGCCCUGCUCCUCCCAUGCCCUGCUCCUCCCAUGCCCUGCUCCUCCCAUGCC